CAGUAUUUUGUGGGUCAUGUAUAGUAAUGAUAGCUUACUGUCGACGUGUUUCAAAUGUUGCAGUGACAUGCUAUGUGGGCAUGGGCAUUUGAGUAUAUUUGUAUAUGAUACAAUUCGAUAUAAACGGAUGUUGUGAGAACAUGGGCCCAGGACUGUGUGUUGGUAUUUUGUUAUGGAUCAGUGGAAUUCGAUAUGUGUAUGGCUUCAUUCAGAUCGGAAGCUUCCAAGCACAAACAACAGAAGGGGGUGAGUUCACAUUUAUGUGCAGUGUCAGCCAAGCCAGCUUUGUUCGCUGGUACAGGGAAGCUAAACUGGUACUAGGCACAAGGCCAGAUGAAAACAACUGUUUCGCAGAUUUGCCGAAAACGUAUGGUGCUUCCAACAAUGACUUUGAAGCGUAUAUCUCCGGACGGUACGACGCCGACUGUAACAGCACCCAUCAUCGUCUGACUCUCAGGAACAUCUCCUCCGAAGACGCAGAUACUGUGUGGUGGUGCGAGGACUAUGCGGACAGUGCCAGUAGCAAUGUCACCAUCGAUCUGAAGAUAGAAACAGGGAGUACGCCAUUAGUAAUGACUGAGUCUACAGCAGCAACGUUGUCUGUGUCUGUGAGUUCUACUACACCAACAGCACGGACAUCGUCUACUCCAACAACGCCAAGUGUGUAUCCAACCACGGCAACGAAACCAGAUGAACCCACAGCUGAUAACACAAUAUACAUCGUGGUCGCCGCAGCUGUUGGUGCUGGUGCUUGUGUUAUCAUCACCAUACUUGUCUGCUGGUGCCGGUACAAGAGAAAGAAAGGAAAGAAAUCAGAUGAAAACGCAGAUACAGCAGUUGAUAACCCUGUGUACAACGCCUUGGGACCCAUGGUCCAAGACGACAGCAACUACAUGACGCUCAAGCCUCAGGCAGAAUCUGUCGUCAACAAAGACAUCAAUGUGGACAUCGAGACUCACACACAGCCUGGUAACACCCCAGACUAUAUGGAGCUGAAACCUCGCAGCGAGUCCGGUAUUAGCGCAGACAGUGCUUACAUGGAUCUGACACCAGAAAGACAGCCAAGGAUUUCUGCUGACAACGACUACAUGAAGCUACAGCCGGGUACCGACACAGAUAGUCACUACAUGUCUUUCAAACCAAAAACGCAUCCUUGAAUAAAAACAGAAGGCAAAUACAUGGAACUGACACCUGACAGACAGCUCCGUACUUUAAACAAUAAGCAUUUGUCUUGAAAUAAGAUAUAUGUAUGUUAAUUGUUGAAUGACACUAAUAAAACCAAAUAUCUGACA